UGGUGUUACUGCUUCCACCAUUAUUAUCAUCGAAUGAUGUCCACGAAGCACACAUCGCUCAUAUAUCAUAAUGAGCGGUUAUACACUGCAAAAUCAAGACGUAUCAGCUAGGCUUGACUUCGAUCAUAAUGCUCUCAGCGGGUCGACUCGCCUGGUCUUCCAGAGCGGCGGUACAUUGCCGCGCCAGGAAGGAGCUGAUAUCAAUGACCAGCUUAUGCUAGCACUGAGGGUGCCUGCAAUAGAACACGCUGAGUACAGGCGAGUGAUUGUUAACGGUACUGAGGCAAGAUUUCAUUUAGCCAGGACCAUUGACCCUUCCGUUAACCCGGAUGCUGUAAACAGAUCGUGUUCCAAUGUGGAUUUGCUAACCUUCGAUGCAGUACAUGUUUCAGCGGAACCGUUGUGUGAUUCCAUACUUUAUAUUGAGGUCCUGGAUAAUCCCAGUGAUUUAUCGGUUGAGUUGCAAUUUGAAUAUAGCCACCUGGAUAACAUUGGAGAUGACGUCCGAUUCAGUAGACAUUGGUUAUUACCAAGGUGUUCAACGAGUUACAAGCAGUACUCAGUGUUCACCACGAGGCCUGAGCGAGACCGAUGGUUCCCUAGUGCUAUGGUAACACCCAAUGUUGGCGUUGUCCCGGACUGUGUAUAUCGCAUUGAAGUUACAGUCCCCAAGGGAUACAGUGCAAUAUGCGGGUUGCCAAUGAACAGAGAUGCUGAGUCUAUGGAGUCGGUACCACCCAGUGACGACACUGAAACGUACCGUUACAAAUGGACGUCGAGUCAACACAUGGGUGCAUAUCCUGUGCAGAGCUUUGCUUUGUAUGCUGGCGAAUUUGAAUUUUGGGAUGGUAAUGUAGUACAGCAACGUAUGAAGCAAUCGGAUAGUGACACUGCAAGAUGCUUUCUGGAAGAUGAAGACUGUCUGGAGGAAUACUCACGUACGAAAACCUCGGACAUUGGGAGCGCUAACAUAUGCUACGUCACAUUGAAGGGAUUUGGAUUCCUGCUGGAACCUACAAAUAUAGUUACAUCGCAGUGCCUGGACACAUAUCGCAAGAUACUGGAACUGGAAUAUCCCACAAUGGUCUAUAUGUUGUUCUUACCCCUGAGACCAUUUCAAAAUGGACCUAACCUGGCCGCACAGAUACGUACACAGACUAAUAUCGAUAUUAAAAGGUGUACCGGUUUCACGGGAUCCGAAAGUUACCUGCACAUGACUUUCCUGGAGCCACUGUUACCUAGGUUCCAAGGCUUAUACCACUGCAGCGGUGGUAACAUGGUCAUUCUAUCCAUUGAUGCGCUGCAUAGCUACAGUGAUAUAGACCACGAUCCGCGCUGCUUGGAUUAUCGGCAAUUGAUCAUGCACGGAUUAGCUGGUUUGUUCACGCUAGGUCGUUGGGUAAACCCAUCAUGUGAUAUGCACCUGGACCUUAUCCUGCAGUCGUAUCUCAUAGACCAGUUUAUAAGGCGUAAUAUGGGCCACAACGAUCUGAAAGCCAGGCUAUGGGCAUGUAGAGAGGCUCUGGCAACAGUGACUGAGUUAUUCGGUGAUGUAUACCCACUAUGCCAAAGGAAAGGUAGCCCUGUGUCCAGUGAUAUUUUGCUAUCCUCGAGCUCAUAUGUACUAAAGUCACGCUUGAUACCGUCUAUUAUGGAGGGUAUUUUCAACUCGACUAACUUUUUACCGGAUAACUUUUUCAUCCAAGCACUGCGCCGGAGGUUGUUGGCACUCAAUGCCCAUAUGGGCAGGCCACUUGGUGAAAUGAGCCCCGUGGAUAACCCGGAUCUAUGGAUUAACGGGAAUACCUUCUGGUCAGCAGUAGCUGAUGAUAUUGUACGUCGAUAUAUUAACGUAUGGAAUGCCAAGCCGCCAAAUCGGUUGGUACUACAGAACCAAAUUGACCCUAGAAGCAAGCUUGAUGAUAUCCUGCGUCGCGGUGUUGAGCAUGACCAUUUGAACACAAUAAUGAAGCAGUAUAACAGCACGGUGCAUUCUUUUAUAUACGGCACGGGAUGCCCUCAGUUGAAUGUAAGCUUCUCGCUGCAGUUGCAGCGCAAAGGUACCUCCAUGGAUCACCUUAAUUUCCGAGUUGAUAUAAAGUCACUACAACCACCAGCGGAUAUUAACAAGGAUGGUAUCAGUGGAUAUUCACUAUGUAAAACUGCAAAAUUGGCAGUACGCAACCUAUAUGAAACCUAUGAUCGGCUUGCUGUAGUUCUGCAACUACAGGAGCGUUUGGGAAGCCAGCCAAGUGCAAUUUUCGAACGAGUGGUACAGCUCUAUGGAAUUAGUGAUGCAGCAUGCUGCUAUAGUAAUCCACCAGCACUUGAUUUCGGCGAUAUCGCAAACCCUAAAACAAUAGCUGAGUCAUCUGAAGCCGGUACGCUAAGACGCAACAUGAGUUUAUUCCAAAUGUGGCAUGAUCCAGUGGAUCUCGUGGGACGUGAUGGCAACUUCCUAAUGGGAUUUGGGUAUAUAGGACCAUUCCCACAUGGAUUCUGCCUAGGUAAUGGGCCUAUAUACGACUGCGUUGAGCUGCUGUCACAACACUAUGAUGUACAUAGUAUAAUUGAUACCUAUGUAGAUAAUGGAAGUACUUACUGUGGAGGAUAUAAGUACAAAAACGGAUAUGAGAGAUUAAUGGGCCGCGGCAGCCUACCAGUGGCGUCCAACGGUGGGUUACCAUAUUGGCAACUGGUACACCAGCAAGGUGUUAUGAUCCACCCAGAGGAGUACAGUAUACCGCUGUCCGCCGGAUUCUCCAAGCAGUGGAUCUCACACUUUAAGAUAGACAUAGUAGAAGACGAUGGUGUAAGGGAAAACGUAAAAAUGAUUGGCGAUAUGGUACCAAUAUCUUAUAAAGUCAACCCCCGUGCAGAACGUGGUCGUAAAAAAGUUGCUCUAAAAGGUGUCCCUGAAAAGGAUCCUGAUGAAGUGGUUGACGACAGUCAGAGAAAAAGUGAUUACAUAGGCCACCACAGCCAAAGUGAUAAACUGGUAAUCGACUGGAUGAAGAUGUUGUUUAUCGGUAUGCACCCUGAGUUAUCGCAACUUGACAAUAGGAGUGUAGUGGCAAAGGUAUGUAGCAAAGUGCGGCUGCCACUGCUGUGGGUCUCCGCCGACAGUGGGUUCCGCCUACUGGCGCGGAUACGACGGUGCCAGAGUAGCGGUAUGUGGGAGCAGCAGCUGCUAAGUGAUAAUAAUAUAUACUCCCAACUGGAAUCAGCUGCGGCUUUGGGGCAAUUUGGACGUAGUUUAAACUAUGAUACAUCCGAUAAUCCAAUUGCGUCCAUUGCAGUCACCAAGCUGGAAUUAAUGAUGCGCCGACAUCGUAUUCAUCCAGCAGUUAGGGCUAGAUGCGCAUACAGCCUCGCGUGUCUACAUAAUCGCGAUCCCAGGCUUCAAGGAGCUGUGCAGGGAGUGUUCAACAGCUACUUUGCGGCAUUCUUCCUGAACAACACCAGCGCUAACUACUGGCAUCCCAGUGAAGCAAGGUUUAUGCUAGACUUCUUCAGGGCAUUGGCGCUUUUACGCAACAGAUUGGGGUACUCACCUCAGAUGGUCGUGGAUAUGUUGUCGAAAGCACUAGAAAGUAUGAACGGGUUCAACUACAUGGUCCACGCCACAAAUAUUGUGGAAUGUUGUUCGUACCUAUCUGUACCGACGUGUAUACUAAAGCACGCAGAGGAACAACGUCCUAACUGCCUGGAUCUGAAACGAUUAUGGCAGCUGUUGUGGCAUCUUUUCAGGCUGGAUGGUAUACCGGGUAGUGGCAGUCGCAAUCGCGUGCUGUCAGCUGCAUUCCUACGUUGCAUCAGCAGGCAACCAGUAUGCCUCGAGUUGUGCAAUGCUAGAUUUAUAUCGGAUAGCGAUAUUGGUUUCGAGUUUGAUUUCCACUAUUUCAUACCACUUAGGGACAAUGUCUACUACCUUAGCCAAAAGGCGUUUGAGUUGGGUCAAACAUACUAUUCCAACCAGGUGCACAUAGCAGCCAUAGAGUCGCUACUGAGGCUACUGUGUCUCUGCAGCCACGUCGUGACAUUUGAUGAUGAAAACGGUGGUAUCAUGAGAAUGCAAAAAGUGGGUUUCCCAGAGCAGUUGCAACGUAUUCAUGCCUUUGCUGGUAUCCUGGAAGCCACUCGAUGCUGCAUUGCUCUCUGUGAAAGAUUAAUAGAAAAAGAUCUGGUAUCCCACGCAUGGGAGUCAUUCGGUAAUGUUGUCGAAGAACUAUCGCAGUCACACCCAGUUUUGUUCAUAAACAUGGAUUGUGAUAACAGUGUAGUGAUAAGAGACCUGUUGUACGAACAAAUGAGACCUCGAGCUGCAUCCAAUAGGUACUAUAAUGUGCAAAUAUUCAUACAUAUACGCUCGAUAAUUAACCUACUUUUUGGACCUGGAAGGCUUAGCGAAUCUGAUCCUGCACCGGAUCAGUCAUUGGUAACACAGCAUAUCGAAUCUGUUACCAGUGGACUCAGCAUGCCGAAGAUUGCGACAUUCCGACGUAUGUACGGAGAUGGUGCACGUAGCGGUAGCACUAACUGGAUAGAGGUAGCAGUAGAAGCCAUUGGAGCAUUGAUGGAGCUGCCACAGGCUAGAUGGUUCAUACACAACCCCGAAUUGUCAUUGGUAGGAUAUAGGUCAAUGGUAAAGCAUCCAAUGUGGUUCUCCAAAAUCGAAGAAAAGGCCCGUGGAGGGCAGUAUACCAUGCCAAUGCAAUUUAAGGCAGAUAUAGCCUUGGUAUUUAAGAAUGCAAGGAUCGUGAACAAAGCUGAUUCAUUGCCAUACGCAGAUUCUAUCUUUGUCGAAGGACAGUUUGAUACUUUAUGGCCAGCUAUUGUGCGUACAUUCCAACGCAAUGCAAAGGGGCCUGUGCCCAAAUGAUGGGAAUAAGGCGGGCAUUGUUGUAAUACUAUAUAAAUAUCACUAUGUGAAGUGCGUGUCAUUUAUAAGCACCCAGUUAUAGCGGCGAGAAUGAAUAGAAAAUGACGUUAGCAUUGUUGAGGACCUUAGUACACAAUACGGUCCCAUUUU